CAUGUCUCCUCUAUCUGGCGAUCUACAAUCCAACACUUUCCCCCGAAAAGGUCCCGGGCGAUGAAGUCGACGAGGAUGCAGAAGAACAGGCACAUAUUCUCUUCUAUACCUCGAAGGAGCGAGCGGUUUCGCGGGACCGUAUGCUCAGGCAAAUCGGACUGGCCAAGGCUUUGGUGAACUUUAGCGAAUUAUUCGACCCUCACAAUGACUGCGAGACUGUCCAUUCACAAUCUCGAAGGAUGGUGAUGGUAUCUCCGGAGCCCAAUUUCUGGAUAAACGCAAGCAUUGAACUACCUAAGAGGCUAUCGCAAUCGUCCAGAUCCAAGGAGGCAGCAUCCAAGAAGUCUAAAGGGAAGGACAAGGAUACGGCUAGCUCGAACAAGGCGACCGCCCCAGCAUAUGACUAUGACGACGGAACAGUCCAUGAUAUUGUGCUGCAGAUGCAGCUGUUGCAAGGAUAUGAGAAGUUUAAGCUAUUGCAUGGAUCCUUUGCAUCCAUCCUAGCUGAAUUGGGACAAGAAGCAUUGGAACUGCAAUUGGAGCGAUUCUUUACGGUGUGGGCUUGGUCAUGGAAUUUGGAAGAGAAGCCGGACAUCCUAACCACCCUCGGCACGCCUUUGCACCCAUAUUUUUCGAUCUUGAUACCGCUUCUCGAUGGCUAUUGUUCACUGCUGCCUGAGCAUGUCAUCCCGGCCAUGUUUAUCAAUCCGUACAUCAUCCCCUCAAGUCGGUACACGGCGGAAUGGUUUCCUAUCCCUCUCGUGCAGCAUCUACUCUCUGUCAUCCCGCCUCCAACGCCUCCUACUGUUGAAGAGAAUCUUUCAGAGUCGGUUGACACUAUCAGAGGUUCCGAUCCAGAUUCCAAGUCAACUGACAAUGGCCCUGGUAUCUUGGAUGUAAUGGACGUUCGGAAGUGGAAUUGGCCCGGUUAUCUGACCUUUGGAAAAAACUCAUCCAAAUCCAGCAGUCCUCCCGCCCAGGAGGAGGAGGCCAAAGCUAACGAGGAAGAUUCUUCUCCAGGCGAAACAACCCCGGAAUCAACAGUAGCAUCAGUGCAAGAAGAUCCUCGACGUGAAGAGAGUAACACGCAGGUCGAAGUAGAUCCGAGUGCGUUGGAGGACGCACUGUCGUCGGAUGGUAUCUCAAUUUCCUCCAAGACUCUUCGCCAACAGUCGGCCGCGAAUACCAUCAAGCAAGUUCCAUCCUCCCAAAGUGGGGGCGGUGAAGCAGAGGCGCGUGAUGACACAGGCCAAAGCCUCUUGGACCCCAGCUCUCUCGGUGCUGUAUCCUCUUCUCCGCAAUCGCAUACUACCAUUUCACCACAUCGUCCUCCCACUCCCCCGACGCCACCCCCGCCUCCAGAGUUCUCGCUUUUGAGGGUCCAUCUCGCAUCUUCUUCCGACCCUACAUUGACCCGAAGGAGGACCAUUUACUAUCACAUCAGAAACGGAAUGAUGUUAGCCCUGCUCGGACUAGAUGAAACAGGGCAGGACGGUUCGGGGGAGAGCGAGGACGAUGUCCUGUCACUGGCAGCCGAGAAUGCAAUUGAGCUCUUCGACACCGUUGAACUAAACAUACAGAGAGCUUCGGAGAGCAAACUGGCCGAGUCGUUACCCUCUGUGACCAAGAUUCUACAACCUUCUGAUCAAUUCGCUAUAUCGACGGGACAAUAUACUGUUACCAACCCUGGAUUCUCGUCAAACUCGAGUCACUUGUACAACUGCAGGGCUUUGCUUCGAAGGGAUUCAAAUAUUCUAGAAGUGUUUUCUCGAGGACAGAACCCGCAACAUUGGCACAUAUCUCGGCGUGGACUGUCAACUCAUGAUUCCCCUGAAGACGAAGCGCACCAUUCGAGCUCAGGGGAGAUGCAUUUAGAGGUGUUCAGGAAAGAGGCCACGCUGCCUGACGUCGACAAUGUCUUGGCGAGUAUCCUGCGUAAGUCAGGGGUGGUAGAAAGUGGAUUGGUAUAGGUAGACGAACGCUGCUGGUGGACAUAGAUACUUAGUGCCUUUCUAAUUCGGAUGCCCUAUUUUAU